AUGUUGGUGCUGCGUCUGCUGGUCGUCCUGCUGGCUGGCUUCACCCUCUUCAGUGACGAGCAGGAGCGGUUCCUGUGCAACACCCUCCAGCCGGGCUGCUCCAAUGUGUGCUUUGAUGCGUUUGCACCCGUGUCCGUCUUCCGUCUCUGGCUCUUCCACCUCAUCUUGCUCUGUCUUCCCCAUGUGCUGUUUGCAACCUACGUCAUGCACAAAGUUUUGUCAUAUCCGUAUUUUGGAGGUUUCUCCUGCGACAGGAGUCCAGAAGGUUCACCUUUCACCCUUGAGAACUCGAGCUCCUCUCGAGAACUGUCCUUGCGCAAAGCUUCACUUCACAACCUCCCACAUGAAUGGGGAGUGCUGCGCUUCUACUGCUCUUACUUCCUGGUUGUAAUUCUACGCAUCCUGCUAGAAAUACUUUUUGGUGCAAGCCAGUUCUUUCUCUUUGGUUUGUCCAUUCCUAAGAGCUUCCUCUGUUACGAGGCUCCCUGCAAAUCUGGAGUAGAGUGCUUCAUCUCCAGACCAACGGAGAAGACCGUAAUGCUCAACUUGAUGCUGGGUGUCGCCACCUUGUCCAUUCUGCUUAGUGUGGUCGACCUGGUGAGCUCCAUGAAGGCGAUGGUGAGAUGGAGGAGGAAAAGGGAGAUGUUGAUGGAGCAGAUGUGUAAAGGAGAGCAAAGCAGUAUGCGUACAACCACAACUACGACUGAAGACAGCGAGGUCCUCUUAACCAAAAGAAUCAGCCCCGGUGAAAACGCAAAGAACGGUUUUAAAGAUGAGAAACAUGCAAAUCAUAAAAAGAGGAACGAUGGAAGCUCUAACGACAAGAGUCCAGGGAGCAAAGAUGCUAAAGUCGAGAUGUCUCGUUCACACACUCCCAUGAGCUCUCCGAUAGCAACUCACUUUGUCCUCCACGGCCACCUGAGAGCUCCACUGUGCCCUCGUCCUGACCGAGGACCAGCACCAAAGCCCAGGAUGCCAACACCUAAACUGGACCAGUACACUCCGGGUCCACAACACUCAGGCCAACAGUCCGACAGCAAUGAAUCUCAAGACAAGAGGGCAUGGGUGUAA